GUGACUGAUUUAGACUUCAUCUUAGACAGGAAGUAAGACUGACAAAGUACCUAAGGUCAGUCCGGCAUUUUCAGCAAUGCCUCUCAUACUCAUUCAAACUCUUUAAAAGCAAACGGGAGUCAAGGGAAGCUAUAGAUAAGGAGAGAGGGGGAGACGGAAGCAAGACAAAGGCCAGCUGAGGAACCAUGGAGGAGGACAUCAGGAGAAAAGGGAUGCUUUAUUUUCAUCAGCAACGCUUCGGCAAGAGAUGGAGGAAGGUGUGGUGUGUUCUGGUGGCAGAGAGCAGACGCAGCGUGUCACGGCUGGAGCUGUACGAGCACAAACACUCCUCCAUCAAACAGGGCCCCAGCAAGCGCAAGCCUGACUACAAACAGGUGAUCCGCCUGUGAGAGUGCAUCCAAAUAUCAGAAAGAGAGGUGGCCGACUGCCCUAAAGACUGCGCCGCCUUUUACCUCGAGACCUCAGACAAACUUUACGUGUUCGCUGCCCUGCGUUCCGAGGUGAAGGACUGGAUCCAGAGUCUGUGUGAGCAGGCGUUCCCUGACACCGAGGUACAGAGAGAGAGCUGCAUCUAUUCUGAAACUGUGAGCAGUUCCCACUCCAGAGAGAUGCAGGAAAACUCACUUUAUGACACAGCAGAGAGCGUUCGUGAUUUUCUGGUCAUAGCAGUGAGCACAGAGGCCGCUGUUCGGUGCAGUCUGUACGGGGACUACAUCCUCACUCCCCUGCCCGACUGCUUACUCCUGAAGGACCAUAAAACUAAGAAAGUGCUAUACAAAUGGCCGUACUGUUACGUCAGGAAGUUUGGACAAGACACGCUGUCUUUUUCCUUUGAGGCUGGUCGCAGAUGCGAGUCCGGCGAGGGGAAUUUCGAGUUUGCAACCCAUCAGGGCGAAAGACUGUUCAACGUUGUCAGCGCAGCCAUCCAGAAUCUACCCAGACCCUCCACCACGGCAAAGCCAACCGCCCCUGACCACGCAGAACAAAGUCUACCUCGAGAAACCCCGGCCACGGAUGAAAAGUACGAGCACGCCACUGACUCUCUACCUGAGGGGAAAAUGCAGAAAGCAUCAAAAAUGCUCAACCCCUCUUGGAGGAGCUUUUCUGCAACCGAGCCUCAAAGCGAAAGUCAAGUGACGAGCAUCGACACCGACCUCGAGAAUCAGGAACCCGUCUACGCCAGAGUGUCAAAAGCUCAGCAAAAAGCCACUUCCCCUACAGACCCUCAAACGCACUGGCAAAACCUGAGAAAAGCUCUCCAGCGGUCUGCAUCUUUCCGAGACUCUUUCAAAACAGACGGUGACAUUUCGCAGCUGUCUGAUUUCUCCGUCUCCCGGGAGGCCGAGAAAGGUUCGGCCGACUUGUUGGGUGACUCCGUCCAGCAAUUAGCAAUUAACGACGCAUUGCAGCGCAUCGGCGCAGAAGCAAUUUACGCGGAUCCGCAGGACUUCCAGGCCAGAGCGGAGUGGCUUGUCAGAGAUGCGUACGGUGAACCGGAGGUGGUCUUCGAGGCUAAUGAAAGAGCUCGUGACGGGGAGGACCACCUCGCCGAGCACGACUUCUUCUACAGCCCUGACAACGCUGCCCCCUCUGACCCCGUUCAAAGUUCGGAUGGGUUGUUCGCAACGUACGACAACUUCAGGUUGAAGGGAAGGCGCAUGUAACGUAGCGUGCGUAGUCAUAAAUUGAGGGAGAAAUGAAUAAUUGUGUCUGUUGAAAGAAUAUUUGUUUUUAUACGCUAAUAUCAUAUUAAAAUAUACGGCUGGGUGCACACACAAAUAUAGAUUUAAAAUAUGCUGUAUUGCGCUGUAUUAAAUUAUAGAUAUCAUAAUACCGAAAUAGCCAAAUUGGAAUAUGAUUUUAAAUUGUAUUGUACUGUAUUACAAAAUGUAACUAUAAUUACAAUAACAGAUAAAAUAGGAAUACAUACACACACACACACACACAUAUAUAUAUAUAUAUAUAUAUAUAUAUAUAUA